AUGAAGUUGAUCGAGCUCAUUGAAUAUGUGGCCUGCACGGCAGCGCUGAUGCCAAUCGUCGCUGCCGACUGGCAAUUUAAAUCGCGAACAGACCUGGCACCACCUCGUCUGAAUAUCACCAUCCCGGCUGCAAAGGAUGUCGAGAAAGGUUACCUCUUCGUAGCACCUUUCCCCGGUCAGUGGGCCGAGCCUCAGCUUCACGGUCCGCGCCAAGAAGCUCCCUAUAUCUUCCGAGAUGAUGGGGAACUGGUGUGGUCGGGCUAUACCUACUUCUCCAUCUGGGCAGCCAACUUCCAAAAAGCGAAAUGGAAGGGCCAAGAUGUGCUGUUCAGCUUUGAAGGUGACCAUAACCCGGGUUAUGGACACGGGCAUGGCCAUGCAACCAUCUUGAAUCAGCGUUACGAGACCAUUCGUGAACUGCGCGCCGGCAAUCACAAGCUGAUGGAUAAGCAUGAAUUUCAUGUCAUUAAUGACAAGACUGCACUGCUCCAGGUUUACCAACCUGUUCCAACGGACUUGUCACGCUGGGGUGGUACUUCGGAGCAGCAGUGGAUUGUAGAUGCUAUCUUUCAAGAAUUGGAUAUCGAGACUGGAGAAUUACUUUUCGAGUGGUCCAGUCUUGAGCAUGUCACCCCUGAUGAGGCUGUACUUCCUCUGAACCCCGGACAAGCAGGCGCCGGCUUCAAUUCCUCCGACGCCUGGGAUUACUUUCACAUCAACUCCGUGGACAAGGAUGCGGAAGGAAACUAUCUGAUCUCCGCUCGCGAUGCCUGUGCUGUACACAAGAUUAAUGGUACCACGGGUGAGAUUAUCUGGAGACUUGGUGGCUUGCGAUCCGACUUUGAACUCGGUCCAAACGUGAAAUUUUGCUUUCAGCAUCACGCACGGUUCGUGGAUCAGAGCGACGAUGAAGAAAUUAUCUCUCUCUUCGACAACUCUGCCCACGGAACCGAAAAUCACCGCGGGAAAGAAGUGCACACUCAUCCUUUCUCGCAGGGUAAAGUCAUUUCCAUUAGCACGACCACUUGGACUGCGAAGAUUGUACAGGCCUUCCAGCCUCCUGAUGGACUUCUCGCCAAGUCUCAGGGGAGCACCCAGCUUCUUCCUAAUGGCAACGCACUUGUAAACUGGGGCUCAGAGGGUGCCAUGACUGAAUUCCGGGGAGAUGGCACACCCAUCUUCCACGCAUACAUGGACUCGGGGCUUUUAGGGGAGGGAGUUCAAAACUACCGAGCUUUCCGAUACAACUGGACUGGCCUUCCGACCGAAGAGCCGGCUAUCAUUGCCGAGAAGACUUCAUCGGGAACUGCAGUUUAUGUCUCUUGGAAUGGUGACACCGAGACUGCGGUCUGGCGAUUCUAUGCAGUUACAGACCGGUAUGAUUCACGCUCAUACCUGGGCGAGGCGAAGCGUGAUGGGUUCGAGACCUCAUUCCUGAUCAAAGACCACUUUUAUGAAAGUAUAGCCGCCGAGGCUGUCUCUGCUCGUGACCGCGUCUUGAUUACCACUCGAGUUGCUCAUAUUCAAGAUGCUGUCCUUCCUCCCCAUGAUGGCGCGGUUGAUCUGCAUUCGGAGGAUCGUGGUUCUUGGAGGCAGUUGGUUUUGCAGGCUUAG